UAUACGACGCUUUUGUGAUGGGAGAUGCUGAAAGUAGCGUAAAAGUUUUGCCUACAAGUGGUAAUGAAAAAAUUGCUAGAAUUUCACAAGGUAUUACUCGUGAAGAGAUCAUAAACGUGAAGUCAUCCGCACUUGAUAUAACCUACAGCAUGUGGGACUUUGGAGGACAGGAAAUUUACUACAUCACACAUCCACUUUUCCUGUCGUGGCGGUCUCUUUACAUUCUCGUUAUCCCGCUUCACCUUGAGCUGAGUGAUGACGCACCGCGCAAAGAAGAUGAAAAGCAAUUGAAGGGGUCUGCUGUAAGAACACAUCGUACCAUUCUGGACUUGUUACAUUUUUGGUUGAUGUCAGUCUACACCCAUGCAGUACCAGAAUCUCAUCUAGACUCACGAUAUGAACCAAAGGUCUUGUUAAUAGGGACAUUUGCGGGUGAUGAGGGCUUGCGAAUCAGCAAGGAGAAGGUGGAGUCUAAAGUUCAAGAACUGAAGGAAAUGAUAGAAUCCAAACCCUAUAAGAAGCAAGUUCUCUUUCCCAUAUGUGUGAUUGACAAUCAAUUUUCUGAAAGGUCUGAAGUGAAUAAAAUUCAAGAUCGCAUUGAUGGACUCGUAAAGGACUCAGAGUAUAUGAAAGUUCGGAAGCCAAUUAAGUGGAGAACAUUUUUAACUGAAAUAGAGGGCAGUGAUCAAAACACCCUAACAGUGAAAGAGGCACGCACAACAAUGACAAGUUUGGGAAUCGACGACGACAAAGAAGCGGAUGAUGUUCUUAAGUUCUGCCAUGACAUAGGACACCUCAUAUAUCACCAGGGAUGUGAGCUUAUUGUACUUAAGCCACAGUUUCUGAACAGCAUCGUCAGUAACAUCAUAACAGUCAUCGAUAGCGAGAAAAUGGAAGGGGACCUGGCCAAAUAUUGGAGAGAUCUCAAGGACAAGGGUGUUCUUAGUAUAGAAUUGAUCAAAGCUGUCUGGAAGGAACAAAAAGGACACCGUGAUCAGCUCGAUAACAUAAUUGACAUGAUGAUCAAGUUUGAUCUGAUCUGUGAAAUACCCGAAAAGCCUGAUGGGAGGAGACAGUUCUUUGUUCCCUGUCGUUCAUCUCCCAUGCUUCAUGAGAAGGAAAGCCACGACAAAGGCCAUACCGUCGAAUUUACCAUUGACUUCCAUCACUUCUUACCAGAUGGUUUCUUACACCGGUUCUAUGUUCGAAUGGCAAGAUGGUCCAUGCAGAACAAGAAGUCUAUCAAACCAACUUUCCACUGCAGGCAAAUGGUGUUCUAUAUUGACAGUCGUCAUAGAGUGGUGAUGACGAAUGAGAUCAACAUUAAAGAAUGUCAUCAAAUUAAGGUUGAGAUAUAUGCAACAGUCCCAGUCGGUGCACCAGCCACAGUCAACCUGGAUGGCAAGAUUAUUGAAGAUCUGCAUGGAACAUUGGAGGAUCUCAAAAAGCGCUGGGCAGGACGGAUUGAAUAUUCUGUUGGAAUAGUGUGUCCAAACUGUUCUAAACAUGGCGAUAAGGAAUUGAUCCGCAUUAGAGAUAUCCUGACAGACCAGGAUGAGUAUGCUUCUUGUGAUGAUGGUUGCCCUUCAAUAUAUGUUGGUGAUAUCCUGAGAGCAUUUAACAAAGGAACAACCAAAACAUCGCUGGAAAAAACGAAACCUCCUCAAGGUGCAUCAGCAGCAGCCGGUGAAGUUUCUAGUACUCCUAAAGCCAGGGAAGUGGACAACGCAAUGCUUAAUACGUUGGCAAGAUACAUUCCAAGCUACGCCUACAACACGUUCAGCGAAAAGCUUGGAAUCGAGCACACCCAGGCCAGGAACAUUUUGGAUAAGUACAGCAGCGACUAUGAGAAGUCAACGAGGGAAUGCAUAGCGAAAUGGAUGGAUAGAUCAACCCGUAGUGUGACUGACUUACAUGAUGUUCUGAGAGAAACUGAACUCGGGGGUUUAAUUGUUCACUGUAAUUAACAACAAUAUAUAUGUCAUAUGAUAUCUGAUUUUUGUGCAUUGUUCUGCACAUUAAAAUGAUUAAUCUUUAAUGCUUACAUAUUGUAAACAAUUUCAUAAUGAGAUUGGAGUUUUUUGCGGAAGCCUUUACAUUUACUGGUGAACGUCCAAUGCAUAAUAUAUUUUAUAUGAUAUCGUACUAAAAAUGGACUUUCGUGCGAAAAUCUGCACCUCAUAGUAGUGAAUAUUCAAUAAAUAUAUAAUAUAUGACAUCACAGCGAGAUUGUACGUUUGUGCAAAGGUCUGGAAUUCAUACUGGUGAAUGCCAUAUAUAUACUUAUAUAUUUCAUAUGAUAUCAUACAGAGAUUGGAUUUUCAUACAAAAGUCUGCACAACAUAUUGGUGAAUAUUCACUGUUUAUAUAUUUUAUAUGAUAUCGAAGUGAGAUUGGAUGUUUGUGCAUAAAUCUGCAAAUUAUAAUGGUAAAUAUCCAAUUUUAUUUUUAUGUUAUCCCAUAUGAUAUUAAACCGGGAUUGCAUUUGUGUAUCUAAGUUUGCACGUAUUUAUUGCUGAAGGCCAUUGUAUUUUAAUUGCAUAGUAUAUCUUACUGAGAUGCAUUUUCGUGCAUAAGUCUGCACAUCAUAAUGGUGAAUUUCCAAUACAUAUACAUUUUCCAUAUGUUAUCGUACUGAGAUGGGAUUUUCGGGCAUAAGUGUGGACAUCAUAACGGUGAGUUUCCAAUGUUUAUUUCAUAUGAUAUCGAAGUGAGAUUGGAUGUUUGUACUUAAGUCUGCUCAUUAUAAUGGUGAAUAUCCAAUGCAUUUUUCUUUUAUCUUAUAUGAUAUUAAACAGAGAUUGCAUUUGUGUGCCUAAAUUUGCACUUAUUUAUUGCUGAAGUGCCAUUGUAUUUUAAUUUCAUAUUAUAUCUUACUGAAAUGGAUUUU